GGGAAGGCAUGCAUAGUGAAACUGCCCAUGGCAGAGCAAAGUGUAACCGUUGCUUUGGAUGAGAAGCGCAAGCGGCUUGCCGUAAUCGAGAAGCUGCUGCCUGCACUGCACGACAAGCCCACCGACCUCAACGCCCAGAGGGACAAGGCCGGCAAGGAGGACAUCGAGAGCAUCGACGGCAAGAUCGCCAGCACCACUGAGCAGAUCAACAAGAACACCGCUGCCAAGGGAGAGCUGAUCGCAGGGAUAGGUACCACCACCAGACACACAGCACUGUCACGCGCAUUUUGCCGCGUCCUUCUGGUUCAGAAAGUCUUCAGAGGAUAGUUGGGUCCGGCGGAGUGAUGAUCAAAGUGCAGUCGGCAGACGGCGAGCUGGUGGAGAUCCCUCUCGAGGCGGCCCGGAGGUCAAACGUCGUCAAAGGCAUCCUGGAGGGUGAGCACAAUCAACGAAACGAAGCGCUUGAAGUGGCACAUGCAGCCGAGUACCUUUCUCUGUGCAGCUGCAUCAGAUCAGACUCAGAUCUCCCUGCACGUCGAUGCGCAUCUGCUGAACAUGGUAUUUCACAAGUACUGCGGCCAUUAUGGCGGCAGGGAGAUACCAGCUAUCAAGCAGCCACUGCAGUCGACGGACCACAUCGGAGAAGUGAGUCACCAUGACACACAUACACCGGGAAUGAGUGAGUGUGUGUGUGUGUGUGUGUGAGGAUGAGUGUUUGUGUGUCGGUUCCUUCCUUGGUUGGCGUGUCAUGUCAGGUGCUGCUGGUUGAGCGAGAGGUGUUAGGCACAGCCGAUCGGCAAGAGCUGUAUCAGGUCAUGAAGGUACGUGACCGAUGUGGUACCCAAUGGCAUCCAUCCAUCGUCUGGUUGUGGUCAUGCCUUGCUGCAUGCAAUUCACCAGGCUGCUGAUUUCUUGGACUUGCAAUCGCUCCUCCAGCUGACGUACGCAGCCUACGCGUGUCACAUCAGGGUAGGUACGGUCCACACACACCGAGAGGCAGCGAAUCCAUCCUGCCUUCUUUGUCGGUUCCUUUAUCCGCCACAGGACAUGAGCCCUCAGGAGAUCAAGGACACUUUCGAACCGCUGGCCGCCCGCAUGGGUGCAGACUUAGAGGUGCGCUGGGCGAGUAGAGGUCCACACACAUGAAGGCCUUUCCUACCUAUCGCUCUCUGCUCAUACAGGCCGACAGCGAUAGCGAGUGUGAGUCAGAGAGCGAGUCUGUCGAGGGCGACAGCAGCGGCGAGGAGGGGAGAGACGAGAAUGGUGACGGAGAGGGGGAUGAGAACGCCGCGGUCGCCAUGUCCACUCCAACAGCCACGGCACUAGGCGAUGCUGACGGUACGUACGGGAAACGCAGCGAGCACCAGAGUGGAUGAGGGCAAAACAUCUGGGUGGGGGUGUGGAUGUGUGUCGACAUUCAGAUGACGAAUGGAGUGAGAGCGACGAAGACGACUCCGAGUGGUGUGCGAGCGACGACGAUGGGGACAGUGACCUCAGCUCCGGCUCUUCCCUCGACAGCGACCCAGACAGACAAUUCGGAGAAUUCAAAACAGAGGUACAGUACGCAGGGAGGCAGGCAGAGAGACGCUAGUAUCGUCCGUCAUUGUGUGUCCAUGGCAUUCAUGCAGGACGUCCCCCAUCUGUGUGGCAUAUUCCCAUACCUUCCCAUGUGGUGCGUCCGCGCCCUACCCGAGGAGCUCGUGGAGGCGGUGACUCCCCACUACCGCCAUGUCCUCAUCGACACGUCAGAGUUCAAGGAAGAUAUGCUCAUCCUCGCAGACCUGGCGGCCACCAGAGAGUGGGGGAGCCGCCUAACCAAUCUGACGACACUCACCGUCCGGCAUAGAUCUGUCAGUGACAGCCCGUCUACCGUCGCCCCACCCCCGACCUUCUAUGAGUCCCUCAAGUGCCUAUUGGCAGGGCAUGUGGAGGGGCGGAAAAAGAUGAUCGACACCAUGCGGCGUGAGGCGACGGGGUCAGGCCGAGGCCCUCCGUCGGCAGAGCUGCUACCGCACGGGAGCCUUACCACCAUUCUCACCAGCAUCGACGGGUACGUCCCUCCGUCCGGCCGGCCCACUGGCCCAUCGCGGCCCCUUCCCUGCCUUCAUGCUCUCACCAGCAUCAUCAACCUGCCGCCUGGCGCCAUCGGCCUGGGUGACUGCUUCCAGCUGCCAGCCCUCGAAUCCCUCACUCUCGCAUCGGACGACUUGCGUCUUCUGCAGACCGCUGUGAUGAAGUUCUAUCGGCACUCUGCUCGUACGCCGACGCAUCUGCCUGGCGAGGCAACUCCUGAGGAGAAGACGGCGAUGUUCAGGGCGUUGGCAGCGCACUGGCCGGGCGAGGGCGGCCAGAGUGGAAGGCUCUUGAAGUUCUCGCGCCUGGCGUCCAUCGGCACUGUGAGGCUCGAAAGAGGUCCUCUGGAAAGCCGCGAUGCGAUCCUGGAGCUCAGGGUGGGCAUCCGUUUCACAUCACAUGCGGUGUGCAUUUGUCUGUCUGUCCUUCCUUGGUUCUUUUCAGGACGUCUUGGCGCGUUACGGGUGUGUGGCGUCGCUGGAGCACCUCUCAAUCGGCCUUCCGGGAGACAGCAUAGUCGAUGCCACAUGGCUGCCUGUGUUCUCUGCUUUGGAGAGCUUCCACUCUGCCCUCUGCCGACCAGCCGUGUCGGUCCAGAUCACUCACUUCAGCAAUGCUCGCGGACUGAUCAUCGAUCUGGGGUCCCUCCUGCCGUCCAUGCAGCGCCAUUCCUCGUACGCCACCCCUUUCGUCAUGGAGUGCGUGCAGAAGACUGCUUGCCUCGCCACCGACCUCGACUGGACCAUUGCUGCGGCGGACCUCGUCCAGCCGCCCGCGUAUGACGCGGCAAUCCGAGACUUCGUUGCCGGGCUAUUGUUCCAGUGCGCUUGCCGUGUGACGGUGUGCAAUGCUGAUGGGCUGGCGCCGCCCGCCGAUGCACAGGGGUGCAAUGCAUCCAUUCUCGUAAGUGGCAAGCAACAUCAAAGAAAACAGAACUGUCUGGCAUUUCUCGUGGGCCGAUUUUCCUGCGUUCAGGCAAAUCUGUCGCGCGAUUGCUUCCCUCACUCUGAUUACAAGCUGACGCUGUCCAGCCGCCUCGGCUGCAGGAUCGCCUGCCAGCUGGCCAGCAGACUCAAAUGCACCGAGCUGAUAUGUCGUGGCGUGACGGUCGGCCAGGCGCUGCAGGUGAUUUAG